UAUGAUAUCCUUGCCAAUGGAUACUCAUAGGACCGGGACAGCAACUUGCUCGGGUGUAUAAGGAUUCAUUCUCACAGCAUACACGAUCGCUACCCAGCACCGGGAAACUCGAGAGGCAUGAGGAAAUUAUUAGCCAUACUAUGGCUUCACCAUGCUCUAGGAUUAGGACACUCACACAAGUAAUUUCCUUGGGUCGGAAUGACGUCUCUUUCAAGGAUCAGAGAAGCUUCUGAAUCUUUGUACCUUGGCGUCCUUCCACAGCUCUUUUCUCCCGACCGACGUCUGGCCGGUCCUUUUCUUUCUGGGACGAUUUCUAGGCGAAAAUUAAUUCGAAUUCAAGAGCGUGCGUUUAGGGGUUUUAUGGUGGAUUGCAUGUUCAUCUCUCAUUGCAUCGAUGGCAUUGCAUUUGAUCAAGAGUCAGCCAACUACAGUGUUCUAAUUACUGAUAUGGGCAACCAAGGUUUCCUUACAUUUCGUUAUUACACCUAUAUGUUGAGCGGGUAUUUCUUGGGGCACAUUUGUUUUGUUUUUUCUGGACUUUUGAGAAAGGAUCAUCUAAGAUCCGAAACUGCUCAGGCGAAAAAGAAAAACUUGUUUUCCAUUGUAUCCUGCUUUUGCUACUUCAUAUGUUGGCGAGGGAAAGGGAGGAAAAGAAGGAAAGGGGGGUUUGGGGCAUUUCCGCAUGAGAAGAUAUAUACACAUAUACCCCACAGUAUCAUCCAACAAACUCUGUAUCCUUUUUAUAUUCUUCGGGCUGAUAAAUAGGUAUUAGCGAGGUGGAAUAGGUAUUUUUCAAU